GGGGACGCGUACGCGGAUUGGUUCGUUCAAAAAUAACAUGCCGCAACCCCGCCAUUUAAAUGUUUUAAAAGUCGUGUGUUUUCCGUUUCUCACAACUGUAGUAUUAGUAUAAGGGGAGUUUGUGUCACGUCCGUUUGUCUGGCGUAGCCUCGUUUAAGGUUCCACUACAUCAGCAUCAUGGGGUCCAGUGAGAGCAAGAUUGCUGUGGCUGCACCGGUGAAUGCAGCGCCAGCCAUCAAAAACACCCGAGUCACUUGUCUGUUAGACCCUCGCUCUCCUUCAGCAAACCUCGCUCGUACUCCUAUCCAGAUUGGUGAACCAGAAUCUGUGACUUCAGCUGUGGUGCAAAACGUAUGUCACCCUGCUAUGGUGGAUCCCCGCUCACCCACUGUUGGCAUUACACGCACCCCUGUCAGAGAAGUCAUGAGAGCAAAAGUUGGGUCCUUUGCUCGACGUCUGGGAAUGCUUUUCUACCAUGACACGGAAUACAAAGCCCCUCAGGAGGAGGAGGAGGAGGUCUUUAAGCGUGAGGAGCUGGCCUCCACUGAGCCUCUGCUAUCUCCCCAGUCUUCCAAGGGCUUUGGCACCAUGGCCAUGCAUGCUAACCUCCUCGCCACCCCUGUGCGGCCUCCUGUCUACAGCUCGGUUGACUCGAGCCCUUUUGUGCUUCUUCAGGAGCACCAGGUGGAGGUUGAUAUAGAAGCCGAGGCAGAUAUUAGCCUGGAGGAGGCAGAGGAAGCAAAGGAAUCUCCUCUUCACAAGCGACUGAGCAUGAGCCUGAUCACCUGCCAUGAGGGCGCCACUUCAUCUCAGAUCUUUGCUGAGGUGCACCGUGAUUGUGCUUCUCCCGUGCCUAGUGCGGAAGUGGAGACAUUCGGGGCUGGUGUGGAUCACUCCUAUGCCCGUCCUUCACUUGAAGUUAAACCUGAGUCCGCUGUUGAGCCUUCCCCAAACACUCAGCAAGACGAAUCCCCAGCUCAGUCCUCUGCACAGAUAAUUGAAGCAGAGGCACUGCCGUCUGAAGAAAGGAGAAACUCUGAUUCCACGGAAGCUCCUUCGGCUCCUGUAACCGCUCCACCAACUGUGCCCGGCCCAGAGCAGCCACAGCACAAAGGCAUCCGCUGCCCCACCUUUGACCCAAAGAGUCCCAGUCAGGUGGUGUUCAAGCCUCAGUGGUUAGGAAAAGACUUUGGUGCUGCUGGGCUAAGAGCCAGGGGAGUGCAAGGGCACGGUGGGAAAGGCAGCUCCUCUCCCCUGGCCCUCCGCAUUGCAGUUAAGACUGUCACCAAUGAAAACAGGAGACAAUCUGGGAAACUGAAGCAGAAAGGUACUGAAGGCCGUUCUCCUCUCCAAAUCCUCAAGGAGACCAACUCACCCAGGGACCAACAUUCUCAGCUUAAGUUGAAGGCAUCUACCCCGAACAAGCAGAGGCUUGGACACAUGGACAGCAGAGCGCUGGCCGUGGCUCUGGACAAGGAGAACAGAUGAUGCUCGGCAGGGAUCAAAACAUAUUUGUCCUGCUUUUUUAUAGCUUUUCACAACUUGCUUUUAUUUGUCUUAAUGUGAUGUUUUUGUAUAUAUACUUUUAACUGCUGGUUUAGGCGGUUUUCAACCUGUUUUGUCUCUUAUGUAAAUU